AUGAGCUCAAAACCCAUCACGCUCCAAAUUCGGCCUCGAGGGAAACCUAUCAAGUCCUUACCCGAAACUAUUGAUCUCCCUCCAAAUGCCACCGCCGCCGACGUCUACUCAGAACUCGCACGACAAUCCCAAUAUUCUGCCCAUCGACUCCGCGUCACCAAAGGCUCAGACGGCAGCGUGAUUGUCAAUUCCAAAGACACGUCGGUAUACUCUACUGGCCUGCGAGAUCAAAGUACAGUUUAUGUGAAAGAUCUUGGAACACAAAUCGCAUGGCGAACUGUCUUCAUUAUCGAAUACCUCGGGCCAAUCCUCAUACAUCCGUUGGCAUUGGCCCUCCGACCCUAUAUAUAUCCUUCAGCAGCCAAAGACCCCUCGCAACUUCAGGUCAUUUUAUGCUGGCUGAUUUGCCUCCAUUUUGUGAAGCGAGAGAUGGAGACAGUCUUUGUUCAUCGUUUUUCGGCCGCUACCAUGCCUAUUCGGAACAUCUUUAAGAACAGUUUUCACUACUGGGUUCUCUCGGGAAUUUUGACGGCAGCUUUUAUUUAUUCCCCAUCCUCUGCCGCAGCUCAAGAAGCAAACCCUCGACUCCUAUACCCGGGCCUGUUUCUCUUCGUCCUUGGCGAAGUGGGAAACCUUUCAACGCAUCUCACCUUGCAAAGACUAAGAAGUGCGGGCGGAACAGAGCGUGGGAUUCCGCAGGGCUGGUUGUUCAAUCUCGUCACAUGUCCCAACUAUCUCACCGAAACUAUCUCAUGGAUUGGGGUGUACCUGGUAAGCGGCCUUAGCUGGGGGAUUUUGAUCUUCCUCCUUGUCUCUGUUGCUCAAAUGGGUCAGUGGGCAAGCAAGAAGGAACGGAGGUACCGGAAGGAGUUUGGGGACAAGUACAAGAAAAAGCGCUACACCAUGCUCCCAGGCAUUUGGUAA